CAUAGAACCAGCCCUCAGCUAGAGUUUAACAGUUGCUAACAUAGGUCCUGUCAAACCAGAAGUCAUGGAUUGUGUUAAGUAUCUUGCUCUUCUAUUUGCCCUGUUGUCCGUUUCCAUGGUAACCAUGGCUAACGAUAGCAGUGAGGAAAAUGAUGGAGAUGAAAACGAGUUUAAGGAGGUCGAGGACGAAGAGGUCACCGCAACGGAGGCCACCGUACCUGUCCUUAGGGCACCCCCCACAUUUUCCACCACGAUAAGACAGAGUGGUUCUGGAUCCGUCGCAGCCACUGUUUCACAAAAUGGAGGUUCCAAUGUGGUGGUGACUUCCUACAGAGAGUCAAAGCCGUCCAAAGUCGCCGCUAAGGCCAAGGCUACCGCCUCCAAGAUUGCAAAGAAAGUAAACCGGAUUGUAUCUGUCCAUCGUCAGCGUUUUACAUUUUACAGAUGCCAGACUUCCUGUCUUGUCAGUGCCAUAUCCUGUCUAAGGACUUGCCGUACGGAAGGAUCCUACACUUUCUACAGGAAUCAGUACAUGGUUUGUGGUCGAAAAUGUCGCAUUAACCAGUAUAGAUGCAACAAGAACUGUUCCAACGAUCUGAGAAGGGUCAGAACAGCAGAACUACGACAUCUGCGAUCAUAGAAUGCCCAUCUACAAACGUAACCUCAUCGUUAACAACAAACCGAGGGUACAAUUACCUCAACUUGGCCAAAGUCACCAUAACAUCAGACAAGGACCCCGGCAGAGUUUAACCUGACAAUCUAUGGACUACUUAUCAGUAUUUAAGCCUAGAAUGUACUGACUUACUCAGCACUGUUUCUGCUGAGGAUUGAACGGUGUGAUGGGUGGUACAGCGUUUCCAAUGUAUUCUGUUGUUGUGAAACCGCUUGUAUCAUCAUGCACCAAUGUGUGUGUUGUGUGAA